AUGGACGAAUCAGAUGAUUCGACUGACUUCUUGACAGUCUAUUCAGUUUUUGAGAAAAUAGAAAAAUCUGAGGCGAUCAUAUGGAUGCGUGUCAAUUCAACUCAUUUAUUGCCAUUUUUCUGUUUAAUUGGAAUAAUUGGCAACUCAAUGGCUCUCAUUCUCAUCCGAACGAACUUUUGGCUUCGUCGACUAACGUCCAACGUUUAUUUAUGUACUCUAUCUAUCUGCAGCUGUUUAUUCUUAACCAUGGUGCUGGUAACCUGGGCAGAUGCCAUCUAUCAUCUACCAUUGUAUCGAGAGACUGAAAUUGGUUGCAAAUUUUUCACGUUUCUGGCACAUUUCUCCGAUUUCAUAUGUGUUUGGAUGAUUUCAUGGAUAUCAUGUGAUCGAAUGGUUGUUCUAUAUCGUCCAGGAAUACGUAGGCAUGUGUGUAAUCGCAAAUUCGCUCGUCGCCUCACAAUCGGAACAAUUUUUACUUCCACAAUGCUCUACUCAUGGGUUUUCCUAUUCGCGGGAUUAGAGCGUGUACAAGCUAAUACUGAUCAGGUGUUCUGUGGUUUGAGCAACAACGUUACUGUCUUCGGCUAUCCUGUACAUAAGCAUUAUGUGGUGUUCACCAUAUUCGAUACUAUUGUCUGUACGGCAUUGCCUUCUAUCAUAAUCAUCGUCGUCAACUCAUUUUCCAUCUGGCGAUAUCGUCAAUGUAUGAAGAUCUACUCAUCAGGAGUUCUUCGUGUCCGCUUCUUCCGUGGACCAUCCAGUGAUGAAAACAUGCGUUAUGAGGAGGAAACAGCUAAAAAACUUCUUCUUAGUCAAUCACAAACAAACACGCCGACAGCUCAGUCGCAAAGAAGUUUCAAUAACUGUGGAAAAUUGCGCUCAUCCGAUUUACAAUUGAGUCGAACACUUCUCAUUGUUACAAGUACAUUUGUCUUGUUGAAUGUGCCAAACUACAUAAUGCGAAUAGUUCAAUACUCGCUCAGCUUCGAUUCACAUUUCUUCCAUUUCUUCCACUACCUGACAUUCCUGAUGUACUAUCUACAUCAUGCUGUCCUCUUCUACAUGUAUAUUUUCUGGAGUCCUCAAAUGAAAAAACAGCUCAAGCCAACAGCCGUCCGCCUACUCGAAUGUUACUGCUUGAAAAACGUUCCCGAAUUCGGUCAUCGUUCCACAUCAAUGCAGAACUUCAACAGAAACUAA